AUGUGGCAUCUAGCUAUAACUUUUCGCCGUGUCCACGGGGAUUUGGAACAGCUCGGGACCACAGGUUCUACCGGCUUGGUUCCAGUCGAACGUCUCCCGCAAAUGGCUGUCUCAUGUUCCUGCAAUGAAGAUAACCGGGAGGAGAACACUCUAUUGCAUUCAGACGUAUCAAGUGAUUAUCUAUCCAAUUCGUCCCCUUUACGAAUUGAUUCGUUCGCGGCCGCGUUACAUUUGCUCAGCAAAGAUAUCGCCGUGAACUUGAAGGCGGAAUCCGUAUUUGUGUUCUUUCACGAGAAUGACGACGAGUGCUGGUUGUGUCCGGAACAGCUACAAAAUAUUUUCAACGAGGCACAAAAGCAUUCGAUAGAUAAUGAAAAUAACUCUUUAAAGAAUUUCUUCUGUUCCCUGAUCGAUCUGGGCGAUACCUUAAUUGAACCGGAUGAGAACGGCUGUCCAGAUUCCAAAUCGAGCUUAAAUGUGGAGCGAAAGUUUGACGAACAGUUGUCUACGGAAUCCAACCACAUCCUAGUUUGUGUCUUGAACUCGAAAAUCCAGGAGAGAAGCGCCACACACUCAACGGAUCUCACAUUUGGCUUAUACGGAUACCUUUUCUCGUUUCCGCCUCCCCCCGCCCCCUCAUCCCGGUGUCAUCAUAUUCUCGCCCUUGGAUCUGCUCCCGGCCGCAGUGCCCAAACUGUGAACGAGAUUCGCACAACCCUGAUCACUUGUCUGAAAGUGCACUGUGAUCGAAUCCAAACCGCAUACAGACAGAAUCAAUUGGAAUUUCGAGCUGAUUUUUGUCCGAUGCUAUUUUCCCAACUGAAUAGUUUCAUGUCCGAACCAGAGUCCGGCGAUUCGUAUACGUGUCUACUCGAGAAAUUAACAAACAAUAUCCCAUACGACAGGUGGUGGAUUCGGUUACCUGAAUGUCUUGAAGCAAUAAUGCUCUUGGAUGCUUAUUUGAAUGUGGUUGGUUAG